UUUCUUUUGGUUCUUAUCUUUCACAAAAAAAUUUCUCUCUCUCUCUCUCUCUCUCUCACACACACACACACACACUUCUUACUAUGGUCUAUUCAACCUUUACAGACUUCAAGACUCGCAAAAGAUCCUUAACACGCUGUGUUGAAUGUCAAUCAUCCUUCAGACCUCACGUAUGGGGUCGCGAAAGUGGUAAAGGCCCUGUCUGUGAUCAUUGCUCCAGCGGUAAUAAGGAAUUACUCGAUACAACGGAGAUUUUUCAAGAUAGUGUCAUGUUGGAUUUCACCACUAAAACAACAUCUGACGAAAAUAUUAUCUGUUCAAAUUGUCAAGCAACAACCACCCCACUCUGGAGAAGAGAUGCAGCGGGAAAAACCAUCUGUAAUGCAUGUGGAUUAUACUAUAAACUUCACCACGUACAUCGGCCUGCGACAAUGAUGCGUACAGUCAUUAAAAGACGAAAAAGAUGCCCUUCCUCAAUUGAUAAAAAACGUGUCACUAAAUCUCCUUCUCCAUCAGCCAAUAGAUGGCCGUCAACCUCACCUCCUAAUCGCAAAUUGAGUUUUGAUGAUAGUAACUGUAGCACAACAAGCAAUAGUAGUACAAGUAGUAGCGAGAUAUUAGAACAUCAGGGCUGGAACAAUCAAAAUAAACCUGUGAUUUUACCACCAAUUCAAUCUUAUUACCAGCCUUGCAAUCAACAUCAAGAAGCUCUUCGGUCUCAACGUUUGGAACUUCAAAAGGAAGUAACAAGAUUGUCUCAAUUAUUAUCAAACACUGUUGCUAAAUUAUCCGAGAUUGAUACUUCAAUGACUAAUCCUUGUGCUUGUGCAAAAAAUAAUGACGAAAAUGAAAUUGUUGCGAGAUCUCUAUUGUCGCUAGCAACCACAAAAACUGGUGUUCGACUCCCUUCCCUUUCCAUCCAAUGAAAAUUUACCUUCUUUUUUAACAUCUUUUGUAGCUUAUUCCAUCCAUACACAUUCCCCCCUCUCCCCUCUCCAUUUUUAUUAUUGUUCUUGUAAAUCAUACCAUUCAAACUUAUAUAUACACACACUCACAUAAACAAAUCAUCUAAUAAAUAUUAAUAUGUAAUAUGCUUUUUAUGUAAAAAGAAAAAGAAAA